CAAGUCACAUCCCUAUCUUUGUUCUAGCCGACUGACGCUGGCACCUACGUAAAAUUACCUCCACAAGUGGAAAAAGUCAAAACAUUCAGCAGCGGGAGCGAACGGGACCGCUUGCUUUCUGGUUGGUAUGGCCGAAUGUGCUUGAGCUGGGCUUUCAAGAACGUAUAAAGGCUUUCUGUCAAUGCUUUAGGCUAGGAAUUUAGCGCUUUACACCUACUGCUUCCAAUAUGUUGUAAUACUUUCAAUCCUGCAACAUCUCGCGCCUUAAACUAGCUUCGAUGAGAACACACUACGUUUACGAUCCUUUAGAAAGCGUUUGCGUCUUCUAAGAUCGCAAUGGCUGAAUAUCAAAUCAGAUCUUUCAAGAGCGCUUCCGCAUUUCGCCAAUGGCUCCAAGCCAACAACAGCUCCAUCCCAGGCAUCUGGCUUCAAAUCUACAAGAAAGCCAGCAAGAUGGAAACAGUCACAUACGCCGACGCUCUUCAGGAAGCGCUUUGCUUUGGUUGGAUCGAUGGCCAGCGUAAAUCCCACGACGCUACCUCGUUCAUCCAGAAGUUCACGCCGCGCCGCCAGCGCAGCAUGUGGUCGAAGCGCAACGUCGACUUUGUCGAGCAAUUAAUCGCGACGGGCCGCAUGAUGCCGGCUGGGCUUGUGGAGGUCGAGCGUGCAAAGGCGGAUGGGCGGUGGGAUGCUAGCUAUGCUGGUCAGAGGGACUUGAGUGUUCCAGAUGAGUUCUUGAACGCGCUGGAGGGUGAUCGCGAUGCAGCGGAUUUCUUCAAGACGUUGAGCAGGUCGAGCCGCUAUGUUAUCGCGCUGCAAUUGCAUAGUGCGAAGACGGCGAAGACGCGUCAGAGAAGGAUGGAGAAGUAUAUUGCUAUGCUGAGGGAGGGACGUGGGCCAUGACACGCAUACUACGAUAUCGUCGUUGUCACACAGUGGCUUUCAUACGCACUCACGAACAUCUAUUCAUUCGCACAUGGCUUGCUUGAGCUUUAUCGUCCGAACAGCUUUUCGCUAUUUCAACAAUAGACGGAGCACCCUCCUUCCUUCAGCUUUUC